UAUGCACAGACCCCUACAACAGAAAACAAAACUUGGAUGAAUCUCCACUACAAACCCUUCUGACAGUGACAUACAGGCCAGAGGUAUGAAUUUCACAUUAAAAAAAGGUAACAACAACGAAGGCAUCCAAGCAGAAGAAUCUGCAAUUCUCACAGGAACCACAGACUCAAACAAUGGCACAAAGAAACACGACUUUGACUUCAAAGUCAAAAACAAUGGGGAGAAAUACGAGAUUCAAAAUGCAUCUGGAAGCCAAAUAGUGCAGACCAGAGGGAGCGCUGAGAACACCAGCACAGCCAAGAGUGACCAAGGAGGAUCACAGUUAGUGGAGCAAAAUCAGACAAAGCUCUUAACCACUGUACCAUUACAAGAUGAUGUUGUUUCACAUAAGUUAUUGUUGGGGAAUUAUGAAGGGAAGUUUUGCGAGGAGCAACGGCCGACCACAAAGAGGCAACUGUCCGUGGAGAGUGCAGCAAAAUCUGUAAGUGUAAGGAAGAGGAGUACUGUGAUAAAGAGCCAAGAAGAGAUGGUGAAACCCCGCUCAGUUGCCAGCCCUGGCACACAGCCUGGGAGACCUUAUCUACCUGGAGUCUGCUCCUCUAAAAGGAAACCCAGGAAACUCCUGUUCUCCAGCUCUGAGAUUUUCAACAAAGUAGACAAAUACUGUAUCAAGAAAGGAAAGGAGUUGAGGGAACUGGAAGUAUUCUCUGCUCAAAAUAUUGCUUGUGCAGUCACUGAGGGGGCCAGAAAUGAUCUGGAGAAACUCAGGGCCAUAUGGAUCUGGCUAUGCCAUAAUAUUGAGUAUGAUUUGGAGGGAUACCUUGGUCUUUCUCAGAAGAUUUGCUCUCCUGAUGAGGUUAUCAGGAAGGGAAAGGGUGUUUGUAGUGCAUACUCUUGCCUCUGUGUGGAAAUGUGCAGGGAGGUGGGCAUUGAGUGUGUGGAGGUGAGUGGGUACAGCAAAGGUGUUGGAUACCAGGCUGGGCUCAGUUUAGCCAAGAAGCAUUCCGAUCAUGCAUGGAAUGCCGUCUUCAUUGGGGGACAGUGGUGGCUGCUUGAUGCGUGCUGGGGAGCUGGCACUGUCAACAUGGAAACCCAAACAUUUAUGAAGAGGUAUGAUGACUUUUAUUUCCUGACUGAGCCUAGUGAGUUUAUAAACUCACAUUUUCCGGAUGAUCAGACCUGGCAACUACUUACCACACCCAUCUCCAUGGAAGAAUUUGAAAAGAGACCCUUGAAGACCUCAGCGUUUUAUCAGUUUGGGUUGACCCUCACACAACCCACACAGUACAAUACAACCACAGAUAACGGGGAGGCACUUGUGUCCAUGAGCUCCUCCAGACCAUUGACCUUUUCAUACGAAAUGAGGCAGCGGGAUCCUCAGACAGGAGCUCCAAAGCAGGAGGAGCUCGACAGCUCCUGUGGUGUCCUGUCAGUGACACGUCAUGGGAUGAAGCUGCGAUUACUCCCCCUGGAACCUGGAGCCUACGAGAUUAAGCUAUUUGCCCAGCAAGAGAGUGAACCUGGUGCUCUGCGGUGGGUUUGUUCACUGGAGCUGGAGUGUACGGGCAUACAGCAGAGGCAGCACCUGCCUGAUAACCCCUACCUUAGCUGGGGCUUAGUAGCCGGGACAUCGGCACUAGGCAUCAAGAGCUGCAGUGUCCGAGGAGAAGAAGCUUUGGAAGUGGGUGAUGGUGGAGAGUGCAAGGUGAUCCUACACACAUCACAACCUCUGAUGAUGGUGUGUGAGCUCAUUCAUCAUGAGCUUAGCACUGCUGUGGCCAGGCGCUGCCUUGCAUUGCAAAUAGCAGCAGACCAGCUGGUGUGCAAUGUGAUGUGCCCAUACAAAGGAUUUUACCGUCUUUCUAUGUUCGCUCGGGAUUACGUCAGUGAAGGUGGAACUUUUCAAAAUGUCGGGAACUAUUUGCUGCAUUGUCAGACCCAAGUGUUAAAUCCCAAUGCACUGUAUCCCGCUGACCUUGGCCUGUGGUGUGGUCCUGGGAUGCGUACUCAAGAAGCUGGACUAUCCCACUUUAGCCAUACAGGGGCGAUAGUGAAUGCACCACAGGGUCGCUGCAACAUCACCUUCCACUGUGACUCACCAGACCUGCAAAUACAUGCAGCUCUUUAUGCAGAGAAUCCAGGUGCUGAGCAGCACAGGAAAGGCCAUUUUCCUCUAUCCCGAUAUGUACUUCUGACAUUUACAGACACUAAGGUAACCGUGAGUGUGUGCACACCUAGUGGCGGAGUCUAUCGACUUGGUCUUUAUGGACGCAAAUCACCUCAACAAGACUAUAGACUGCUGUGUGAUUACAUUAUCAGGAAUGUGUGUGAUAGGCCUGAAGAUCCAUUCCCUUUUGUGUAUUCAGCAUGGGGAAGAGGGUGUGUGUUGUUAGAGCCACGUUCAGGUGUGCUGGCUCCGCAAAGCAUGGUGAGUUUCCGUGUCCGGGUACCAGGUGCCCAAAGAGUGUGUGUUGUCGGGGAGAAACGAACGGAUCUGAAAAUGAAUAAGAGCAGAGUUUGGGAAGGUGAAGCUCUCACUGGAAACGACACACAACUUAAGCUUGCUGCUGUCACCAAAGAAACCAAUGAUAUGCAUGUUCUCAUGAUAUUUGAUGUCCUUAACCUGAAGAGUGAAUUGUGAAUUGACAUCUGUGAAGAGGACAAUGUCUACAUUCACACUGCAGAAUGUUGCCCAAAUCUUUUUUCUUUUCUUUUUUUUUGUUGACAUGUGACACAGAUCUUUUGGAUGGCAGUGUGAACUUCAAAAAUUACAGUUAAUCUGAUUUUUUCAAUCUCGAUCUUGCAUAAUGUAAGUGGAAAUGUGUAAAAUACAUAUCUGACUUGAAUUCAGUGUGAGCAGUCAGGUUGUAAUUAAUGCAACUAUUUUGACAAUCUAACUGUAUCAUUAGUAUUACUCUGCCUGGACAAAAAAAACAUCACAUACUCUAAUAUUUAAUUGGACCGCUUUUAGCUUUGACUAUGACAUGCAUUUGUUGUGGCAUUGUUUAAAAAACCUUAUGCUACGCCACAACAUUAUUUUCCAUCCAGAGUUGCAUUCAUUUUUGCCAGAGAUCUUGUAUUGAUGAGGGGAGAGUCAAACCACUCCGUAAAGGCUUCUCCAGCACACCCCAAAGACUUUCAAUGGGUUUAAGGUCAGGACUCUGUGGUGGUCAGUUCAUGUGUGAAAAUUAUUCCUCAUGCUCCCUAAACCACUCUUUCACAAUUUGAGCCAGAUGAAUCUUGGUCAUCCUGGAAUAUGCCCAUAUUGUCAGGGAAGAAAAAAUCCUUUGAUGGGAUAACCUGGUCAUUCAGUACAUUCAGGUAGUCAGUUGAAUUCAUUUUAUUGUUGUGUAAUGUUGCUGAGCAUAGACCUGACCUAUUUAAGCAACCCCAGAUCAUAACAGUGCCUCCAGAAUGCACAGUAUGCAUGAUGGGUGCAUCAAUUCAUAAGCUUCCCUUAGCAAAUUGAAGUAUUUUUUUCCGAUUAGCCUCAAUAACAAGUGGCUUUCUUGUGGCCACACAGCUGUUUAGUCCCAAUCCUGUAAGUUAUUGUCACAUUGCGCAUGUUGAAAUGCUCUUACUUUCACUAUUAAGCAUAGCCGUGAUUCCUGCUGUUGAUUUUUUACGUUGUGACUUCAAGCGUUUUAGUGAUAUCCUAUCAUGAUCAUUCAAGAUUUUUUUCUGACCACAUUUCUUUCGCGAAGCUGACAGUUCACCACUAUCCUUCCAGGUUUUAAUAAUGUGAUGGACGGUUCUUAACCCAGUUCCUUAGUUGCUUUCUUUGAUUGAUGCAGGCCAAUAAUUGCCCCUUCUAAAACACAGUAACAUGUUUUCCACGACCACGGAAUAAGUCUUCUGACAUGGUUGUUUAAGAAAUGAGAAGCUACAGGCUGUAACAUUUAGGGUUAAAAGAAGUCUUGCCAGCUGAAACCUAUUAAUCACUGUGAUAAUGAACCAAUCAUAGGCUCUUAAUUAUAGGUUUAUUUAAAUCCAAACUGUGAUUUUUUUUUUUUUGUGGCCAGGCUGUGUAUAUAGGGGCAAUAUUAUGUUUGUUUCAAAUAUGUAUUGAUGUACAUUAUGUCGCAAAUAUUUUCUAUAAUGUGCAACUAUGCCCGCCCUCUUUUUUCCCCAUAAAUGUUUCCAUAGGGAUUUUGUAAAAUCCUUCAUAAAAGAGUUCUAAUCCAGAACCAGACUGUUGUGCUCCAUUAUCAAGACUUGAGGUCUUGUUUCAUAUAAUAACAAAACAUGAUAUAAUGAACAUGCCAGAGAAGGGUGUUUAAUGUUUGCAAGCCAUUUAAUUAUCCAGUAUCUCUUUUCAUCUACAUUUAAAGUCUCAGAAAAUAAAAUCUAUUUGAGUAGAAAUUUGGAACUUGCUCCAUGAAUGUAACCUAAAGAAUGGGUAAACUAGAGCAAGAUGUAAUAGUGUUGACUCAUGUUUUUGAAAUGUUUUUGAAAAUUUUUUAAUUACAUUAAUCUCAGUGUAUGUAAAGUGUGAAUUUGACAUUUGUGUAGUGGCACAGAGAGCCUAUAUCAUUGCCUGCUCUUAGACACUGAAAGUGUUAGAGACAUGAUUAAAGUGACUACCAGAUUAAAGGGCACUCUGACCUGUAUGUGUCUGACAGCAGGGGCAAUUAUUGUUCAUUUUAUAAAUCAGUCCCCUUGCAUGAUCAAACGGGCAGAGAGAAAAAAAAACAACUGCCACUUUAAAAUACAAAAAUGUUGCACUACACAUGUACAGUACUACAAAUGUACAGUACUUCAAAAUACUAUGAUAGCUUUUAAGACAAAUGAUUUCGCUCUAGCCUAGAGAGACGGUUUGAUAUACAUACUGCUGACAUUUCAACAACGGAUUGGCUGGAAUUGCACACAACCUGUGUUAAAAUCUCUACCAUGGCGAGCCAUGGGGGACUAGCAGGCCUGUGUAAUGUUUACAUGAUGCAGUCAGAACCAGUGCAUCAGAAACGGAACCUUAAACUUGUCCCACUCGGCAGAGAGAAACAGUGGCUGCUAUGUGUGCAAAGGGUGGGUAGCAUCUCCAAGGAGAGAUAAAGUGAGCUUAUGUAAGUUGAAAGAAAUGUGGGUAUUGUAUUUGUAUCUGUAUUGUGUUUUGGACCCAUGGUGGAGCCAAAUGCAUGUUGUAUUAAUGGCCAAGGAUGUGUUGGCAUGCAUGUGUACAGAAGAUGCCUGUGGUGAGUUUAUAGACUCUUAGUGGCCAAUAUUAGAGAAUUGUGGGUAUGAAUUUUGAGGUAGGUUGGGCAGGGACCUAAAGUGAAGGCCAGGAAAAGGAAGUAUAUGUAUGCCUGAAUUUGACAUGCAAAACAGUAUUUUAUUACAUAUUAGAGAAAUGCAUACUAAAUACUUUUUCUAAUAUUAAUUUCCAGGGUUGGGAGGGUUACUUUUGAAAUGUAUUCCACUACAGAUACAAAAUUCAUUCUGUAAAAUGUAAUUUGUAAUGUAUUACUUUAUAUUAUUCAAGGUAAGUAACAUUUUCUAAAUACUAUGGAUUACUUCUUCAGCACUGGUAGAUUUUUUGACUUGUUUUGACUAUAAAAACUCUGCCAGUACAGUAAGACAAAAUACACAUGUUAAAAAUACAUUCUCUGAAAAACCAAAAU